AUGUCUCGGCGAAAGCAAGCCAAGCCUCAGCAUCUCAAAUCGGACGAGGAGCUGCAAGCCGAGGUGCUUUCGGAGCAGGCAGUCCCUGGAGAAGGAGCAGAUGAUGGUGAUAGUGGGAAUGAAAGCAGGAGUGGAAGUGAGGAAACAAAUGUCUGUGAAAAAUGCUGUGCUGAAUUCUUCAAGUGGACUGAUUUCCUGGAACACAAGAAGAACUGUACUAAAAACCCACUGGUAUUGAUUGUGAAUGAAGAUGAAGCAGCACCACCUUCUGAAGAGUUCCCAGAGCCUUCGCCUGCCAGCUCUCCCAGUGAUCAAGCAGAUAGUGAGGCUGCUGAAGAAAGUGUUCAGAUUGAGAACAAUGAGAGCUGUGAGGUAAAGAAUACAGACAAGGAAGAAGAACCCAUGGAAGUUGAACCAUCUGCAGAGAAAAGUUACCCCAGUCAAGGCACCUCUAGCACAGCUACGCCACUACCUCAGAUUAGUGAAACAUCUUCCUUGUCAAGUUAUAACAUGCCAAACACUAACGUAACCUUAGAGACUUUGCUGAGUACUAAAGUGGCUGUUGCACAGUUCUCUCAGAGUACAAGAUGUGCAACUACUGCGACCACAGCCAGCGGGGUUACGGCAAUGGCCAUUCCAAUGAUCCUUGAGCAGCUGAUGGCAUUGCAACAGCAGCAGAUUCACCAGCUGCAGCUAAUUGAACAGAUCCGGAGUCAGGUGGCAAUGAUGAAUCGGCAGCCAUUACGUCCCACUUUAAAUCCAGCUGCUCCUUCUCAGAAUGCUCCUGUGCAGGCCUCUAAUCAGCUCCAAGGGUUUGCAGCAACCUCUGCUCUUCAGUUGGCAGCAGUAGUUCCUUCUGCCAUUGUGGCACAAGCCACUAGCAACCCACCAACUGCCUUUGAGAGUUCUCAGCACAUCUCCAGACCGACAUCUGGUGCAAGUACCCCUAACAUGUCAAGCAGUGGUUCUUCUGCCCCGAAUGAAUCAAGCACACCAUCAUCUUCUAAUGCAAUUACAACUUCAUUAACGCCUGCUUCUGUGUCAAAUAGUUCCAACAGCUCUUCACAGCCCCCAAAUGCUUCAACUCCACCUUCAAUAGGACCAGGAAAUCUCCUCACCUCAGCUUCCAGCCUGCCAAACCCACUUCUACCUCAGACUUCAUCCAGUAGUGUAAUCUUUCCCAAUCCACUGGUUAGCAUUGCUGCAACUGCUAAUGCAUUGGAUCCUCUCUCUGCUCUUAUGAAACAUCGCAAAGGAAAACCACCAAAUGUAUCUGUGUUUGAACCCAAGACAAGUUCUGAGGAUCCCUUUUUUAAACACAAGUGUAGAUUUUGUGCCAAGGUAUUUGGGAGUGACAGUGCUCUGCAGAUACACUUGCGUUCACACACAGGAGAAAGACCCUUUAAGUGUAACAUAUGUGGCAAUCGUUUUUCCACUAAAGGCAAUCUGAAAGUUCAUUUUCAGAGACACAAAGAGAAGUACCCUCACAUUCAGAUGAAUCCAUAUCCAGUUCCAGAAUACCUCGAUAAUGUUCCCACUUGCUCUGGGAUUCCAUAUGGCAUGUCAUUGCCUCCUGAAAAACCGGUUACUACAUGGCUGGAUAGCAAGCCAGUGCUACCUACGGUACCAACUUCAAUUGGGCUGCAGCUUCCCCCAACAAUACCUGGUGUGAACAGUUAUGUAGAUUCCCCAAGCAUUACACCCAUGAGCAGGUCCCCCCAGAGACCAUCCCCUGCAUCAAGUGAAUGCACUUCCUUAUCUCCAAGCCUAAACAAUUCUGAAUCAGGCAUUCCUUUGUCUGCAGAAUCCCCACAACCCAUUCAUAGCGGCUCAUCUAUGACAAAACCUGAACCAGUCAAUAUUCCUGUGACAAAUGCAAGGCCGGGAGAUAUUUCUGUAAGUGGGCAAGUUUCUGUGGUGCCCACAUCUUCGGUUCCUAAUGCUGUUACAGACAGCAGCAUUUCCACAAGCAUCCCAAACCCUGUGCUUCCAGCAUUGUCUGACCAAUUCAAGGCUAAGUUUCCAUUUGGUGGUCUACUAGACUCUAUGCAAACAUCAGAAACCUCAAAACUGCAACAGCUUGUAGAGAACAUCGAUAAGAAGAUGACAGAUCCAAAUCAAUGUGUCAUUUGUCACCGUGUGCUUAGUUGUCAGAGCGCUCUCAAGAUGCAUUACAGAACCCAUACAGGAGAAAGACCAUUUAAAUGCAAAAUUUGUGGACGUGCAUUUACUACAAAAGGCAAUCUAAAAACACAUUUUGGAGUUCAUCGAGCGAAGCCACCACUUAGAGUACAGCACUCAUGUCCCAUUUGUCAGAAGAAAUUUACAAAUGCUGUUGUUCUUCAACAGCAUAUUCGUAUGCACAUGGGUGGGCAAAUUCCAAACACACCAUUACCGGAGGGCUUCCAGGAUGCCAUGGACUCAGAGCUUUCCUUUGAUGAAAAGAAUGUGGAAACACUGAGCAACUAUGAUGAUGAUGUUGAUGAAAACUCCAUGGAAGAGGACCUAGAGUUAAAAGACAAUGCAAGUGACUCCUCCAAACCACUUAUACCUUAUGCUGGGUCAUGUCCACCUUCACCUCCCUCUGUAAUCUCUAGCAUUGCUGCUCUGGAGAAUCAAAUGAAAAUGAUUGAUUCUGUCAUGAACUGUCAACAGCUAACCAAUCUAAAAUCUAUAGAAAAUGGGUCAGGGGAAAGUGACCAUUUGAGCAAUGAUUCCUCAUCAGCUGUUGGAGACCUGGAGAGCCAGAGUGCAGGGAGCCCUGCAAUGUCUGAAUCCUCUUCAUCCAUGCAAGCUUUGUCUCCUGAAAACAGCAACUGUGAGAGUUUCAGAUCAAAAUCCCCAGGUCUUAGUAACCAGGAAGAACCACAUGAAAUACAAUUAAAGACAGAAAAACCUGACAGCCCUCCACCGCCUACUGUGGAAAAUGGAGGUGCACUGGAUCUGACAGCCACCAAUCCAGCGAGGCCAGUCAUCAAAGAAGAAGCUCCUUUUAGCCUGCUGUUCCUGAACAGAGAACGUGGUAAGUUUAAAAGUACUGUUUGUAAUAUCUGUGGCAAGCCUUUUGCUUGUAAGAGUGCAUUGGAAAUUCACUACCGCAGCCAUACUAAAGAGCGUCCAUUUGUAUGUACAGUCUGCAAUCGUGGGUGUUCCACUAUGGGUAAUUUAAAACAGCACUUACUGACACACAAAUUAAAAGAGCUGCCUUCUCAGUUAUUUGAACCCAACUUUACUCUAGGUCCCAGCCAAAGUACUCCUAGCCUGGUCACCAGCACUGCGCCUACAAUGAUCAAAAUGGAAGUGAAUGGUCACAGCAAGCCGAUCUCAUUGGGUGAGGUUCCAUCGCUUCCAGCUGGAAUCCAGGUUCCUGCUGCACCACAGACAGUGAUGAGCCCAGGCAUCACUCCAAUGCUGGCACCCCCACCUCGUCGAACUCCCAAACAACACAAUUGUCAAUCGUGUGGGAAGACCUUCUCCUCAGCAAGUGCACUACAGAUACACGAACGCACCCAUACUGGUGAAAAGCCAUUUGGUUGCACAAUUUGUGGUAGAGCUUUUACCACAAAAGGGAAUCUUAAGGUUCACAUGGGAACUCAUAUGUGGAAUAAUGCCCCUGCACGCCGUGGCCGUCGUCUGUCUGUGGAAAACCCCAUGGCUUUGUUAGGUGGCGAUGCUCUGAAGUUUUCAGAAAUGUUCCAAAAGGAUUUGGCAGCUCGGGCAAUGAAUGUUGACCCAAAUUUUUGGAACCAAUAUGCUGCAGCUAUUACUAAUGGACUUGCAAUGAAGAACAAUGAAAUUUCUGUCAUACAGAAUGGAGGCAUUCCCCAGCUCCCAGUAAGUUUAGGCGGAAGUGCUAUUCCGUCUUUAAGUAAUAUUACCAGUGGAAUGGACAAAGCUCGUACUGGCAGUAGCCCUCCCAUCAUUGGUUUGGACAAAGCGAGUUCUGAAACUGGAGCCAAUCGCCCAUUCACAAGGUUUAUUGAGGAAAAUAAAGAGAUUGGCAUAAAUUAA